AUGAAAUUUUCAACAUUAGGAUAUAUAAUAAUUGGAAGCUCAGAACUAGCUCAUGGCUCAUCAUCAUUACCGAUUGGCAAUGAUGAUAAGCCUAGUAAUAAUGACUGUGAAUGGAUGAGCAACUGUACCCAGCUAGCUGAAAUGCAAAAUAAGGCAUGUGGAGCAUAUUACGAUGAUCCCAAGGCCCAAAAUUAA